AGUCGGGGCGGCAGGGUGGAGUGGAGGCCGUGGCUGACAGGCGCUCCUCCCCCGACGGCGGCGGCUGGUGCCCCGGCGGACCGGCGGCCCCCAGCUCGCGGCCGCGAGAGGCGCCAGGGCCGCACCGGGGGAUGGACGAGGGGAAGAUGGACGAGAAUGAAUGGGGGUACCACGGCGAAGGCAACAAGAGCCUGGUGGUGGCCCACGCGCAGCGUUGUGUGGUGCUGCGUUUCCUGAAGUUCCCUCCAAGCAGGAAGAAGACCUCAGAAGAAAUAUUUCAGCACCUACAGAACAUAGUGGACUUCAGCAAAAAUGUCAUGAAAGAGUUUUUGGGGGAGAACUCUGUCCAUUGUGGGGAAGUGGUUCAACUGCCUUUAGAUUUCGUGAAACAGCUUUGUUUAAAGAUACAGUCCGAAAGACCAGAAUCUCGCUGUGACAAGGACCUGGACACUUUCAGUGGCUAUGCCCUGUGCCUUCCCAAUUUAGCCAGACUUCAGACCUACCGUUUUGCAGAGCACCGGCCGAUUCUGUGUGUAGAGAUCAAGCCCAAAUGCGGGUUUAUUCCUUUCUCCGGCGAUGUGACGCACGAGGUGAAGCGCAGGGUGUGUCGCUACUGCAUGCACCAGCAGCUCAAGGUGGCAACCGGGAAGUGGAAGCAGAUAAGUAAAUACUGUCCCCUCGACCUCUACUCAGGAAAUAAGCAGAGAAUGCACUUUGCCUUGAAGAGCUUGUUACAGGAAGCUCAGAACAACUUAAAGAUAUUUAAGAACGGUGAGCUGAUCUACGGCUGCACAGAUGCUCGCAGCCCCGUGGCUGACUGGAACGAGCUUGCACACCACCUGAAGCCCUUCUUCUUCCCUUCCAACGGCCUGGCCGGCGGGCCCCACUGCACAAGGGCUGUGAUCCGGGAGCUGGUGCGGGUCAUCACGCGGGUGCUGCUGAGCGGCUCGGACAAGGGCUGGGCAGGUGCCCUGAGGUGGGGGCCUGGGCCACGGGGCCCUCGUGUCUGUGAGGCCAGCCCUUUCGGCAGGAGCCUGCACCGCCAAGGAAAAAACAGCCCGGAGUGCUCGGGGUUACCGAAGGGCUGUCUUCUGUACAAAACCCUCCAGGUGCAGAUGUUGGACCUGCUGGACAUCGAAGGCCUCUACCCUCUGUACCGGCGGGUUGAGCGGUACCUGGAGGAGUUUCCUGAGGAGAGAAAAACGUUGCAAAUAGACGGGCCUUAUGAUGAAGCGUUUUAUCAGAAGCUACUUGAUCUUUCCACUGAGGACGAUGGGACGGUGGCCUUUGCACUGACGAAGGUUCAGCAGUACCGGGUGGCCAUGACUGCGAAGGACUGCUCCAUCAUGAUCGCGCUCUCCCCCUGCCUGCAGGACUCGAGCUCCGAUCAAAGGCCUGUCGUCCCUUCGUCGAGAUCCAGGUUUGCUUUCUCCGUGUCUGUGCUGGACCUCGACCUCAAGCCGUAUGAGAGCAUUCCUCACCAGUACAAACUGGACGGCAAGAUAGUCAACUUCUAUUCAAAGACUGUACACGCCAAAGACGCAGCUGUGAUGUCGACCAGGUUCAAGGAGAGUGAGGACUGCACGUUAGUUCUCCAUAAGGUCUAGGCGCUUCCUGCGGGGUCUUUGAAACUUGAACACAGAAUGUGAAGGUUGAAUGAGAGAGCUCUUUUCUGUUGUGUUGGGUGACCUUUGGCUGUGAAUGUUUUUGCUUUUUAACCCGUGUUCAGGUGGGGCUGCAUCUGGGUGACCCCGAAUGGAAGGCCACCAGAAACACCUUCGAGGACGAGGAGCGCUGGGCGUGAGUGCUGCUGUGUGUGGUGUCCCCACACCUUCCGCUCUGGGCCGCGCCUCCUCCCCACCCAGGGCUCAUGUCUAAUCUCUGACGUAAAAGCCUUAAGACCCAAGGUUUGGAUCUCCUACCACCAGACUCUAACAUAGAAAACUUGAAUUGUCGCGUACAUCUUACAGUUUGGACUUGAAGGAAAACAUGGAUACUACUGGAACUUUCCCAGCUGAGUUAUGUGGUCACUUUUUCCGUGCGAGCCACCAGGCAGCACAGGUUUAGUGGGCUCUCUGCUGCAGAGAGCGAUGGGUGGCUGGUGCGGAUGUGGGUCCUGAGCUGCGUGGACUCGGGGUCUCUGUGGAGGUGCCACGGCCACCGCUCUGCACAGGGUCAUCAGGGAGCACGGGACUCAGGUCAGGGGUGGACACCACUCACUCGAGUGCUGACUUUCUUUUUAGCUGAAUGAUUUUAUCUUUGACUUUAGGGGAGACGAGGCGUUCCUUGCCACGUGCAGUUGCUGCUGCGGAGCUGGUGUCAGGGCGGCCGUGCGCCAGGCAUUCUGGGUGUGUGUUUGGGGAAGGCGCCAGCGUGGCGUGCUCCCACAGGAUGAGCGACUUCUGGCUGGCACCAAGAGGGUUCUCGUUGGGGUCACCGUAGGUGUGCCCAGCUGCUAAGAAAACUGUGGGGAAUCUUGGCUUCAGUUUUUUAUUCUAUGGUAGGUUGUACAGAUUAUUUAUAUCAUUGUUUUGAGGGACUAAUGAAGGUUUAUUGUAACAUAAGAUUAUAAUAGCAAAACCACGAAAUUGUAUGAAAAUGCUACGUGAAAAAUAAGAAUAUUUUGCUGAUUGAUUGUAAAUUUUUGUGGGGAAUUUUGUGAUAACUUGAGAAUUAUACUUGUUUGAAUCAA